AUGUCGUCGACAUCAUGGCUACCUAAGCCAAUAGCCAGUCUUCUGCGCUUUGCUUACAGCUUGUUGACUGACCCGGGUCAUUUCUGGAACCUUGCGACCCUUGUUAUCCUUGGAGAUGCGUUCCUUACAAGGCUCAUCGUAGCCUAUGUCCCCUACACUGAGAUCGAUUGGGAGACCUAUAUGGUCCAAACAAAUGUUUUCUUAAAAGGACAGCACAACUAUUCAAUGAUCACUGGCCCAACCGGUCCAUUGGUUUACCCGGCUGGCCAUGUUCGCAUUCACCAAUUCCUAUACGAGAUCACAGACGGAGGCAAAAACAUGGACCUUGCCCAGCAGAUAUAUGGACUGCUAUACAUUGCAUCGCUCUCACUGGCGUGCCUAAUCUACGGCUCAACGCGUGCGGUUCCCAACUGGCUUCUGCUAUUCCUCCCCCUCAGCAAACGCCUUCACUCCAUCUUUGUUCUCCGGCUUUUCAAUGAUUGCUGGGCGGUUGUUCUAUCUCAAAUGGCGAUCUAUGCCCUGCAACAAGGGUACGAUGAUACGGGCGUUAUGCUGUUUAGCGCCGCCUUGUCAGUCAAAAUGUCCGUUCUCCUCUACUUCCCGGGCCUCUUCGUCAUCCUCUUCAAACGCAAAGGCCUCCUCCGGACUCUCGCCUACAUCAUGUCCAUCGUGGCAAUCCAGCACAUCGUUGCCGCACCCUUCUUAAAAGUGGACGCUUGGGCGUACCUCCAGAACGCAUUCGACCUCGGUCGCGUCUUCCUUUACAAAUGGACAGUCAACUGGAGAAUAUUUGACGAAGAAACCUUCCUCAGCUCCGAGUUCGCCGCUUCCCUGCUGUUCGGGCAUGUAUUUGUCCUGUGUGCCUUUGGCCUUUACCGUUGGUGUGAAAUCGACGGUGGUGUGUGGACGGUUAUUACACGUGGAUUCAAGAGACCGCUGCUCCCUGCCGGUAUUGCAAGGGUAACACCUGACUAUAUUACAACCGUGCUAUACACCUCCAACCUCAUUGGAAUCAUCUUCGCAAGAUCCCUACAUUAUCAAUUCUACUCGUGGUAUGCCCACUCGAUCCCCUUCCUCGCUUGGAAGACAAAAUAUCCUAUAGCACUCCGGAUCGCUUUCAUCGGAGCGAUAGAAUACGCAUGGAAUAUCUACCCCUCUACGAGGCUGUCCUCUGGUAUUCUCCUCGCUGCAAACACGUGGAUACUGUUGGGAUUAUGGCAUGGUCAUGCUACUUGUACAGCUUGA